AAUUGACACACGAUGGCCCGCGCCCAGAAUUUUGACAACGCGUCGAUUGACGAAAUCAAUGCCGCCAUCGACAAGACAGCCACGAAGAUCCGCGAAUUGCGCGACAAAAAGCAAAACAUGGCGGACAUCGCUUUGGAAGUCAAGCAGUUGGUCACGCUCCGACGGCUGUUGAAGGAGAAGGUUGAAGGGGGCGGGCAACAAGUCGGUUCUCAAGGCACUGCUCCAGUAACCCCUGUCAAGUCAGAAGAAAAUGCGGAAACCAAGCCGGUGAUCGUGAAGCCGCCGACCGAUGAGCAAGUCAAGCGUGUCGAAACGGCCCCGGUCGCCUCGAAACCAACUGUGUCGUCCCCCGACGUCGCCACAGAGGCACCCGAAACUCCCGCAAAGACGGUACUUGCAUCUGCAAAUGACAACGACAAAACAAUCUCUUCGUUGGAGUCCGAGUUGGCCGCUACAGUGGCCAAAUUGGGAUCGGAGCAGACUCGUGCGACGAGUCUUCAAGAGGAAUUGAAUCGCCAAGUCCAGAAAUACGACAUUGAAAUCACCACCUCCAACAACAUGCAACAACGUCUUCAAAACGAUAUGAAGAAGUUGGUGCAGGAUAAGCUCGAACUGGAACGAUCCCUGAGAGUGGCCAAGGAAGCCCACGCCGCCGCACUCUCCGCUGCGAAUGACGCGUUGCAGGCCACCCAAGACAGUUUGGCGAAAGAAUCUCAAAGUUUCUUGAUUCUCAAAGCUGCAGAAGCUGAAUCCCAGCAAGAGGUGGCGACGUUGAAGGCCAAGCUAGCGGAUACCCAAGAUCGAGUCACACAAUUGACGUCGGAACUGGACACACUUCGCAACCACAGCCGAGAGCAAGGCUCGCUACUGCAGCAAGCUCAACGCGAACUGGAACGCGAACGUGUACGGUUCGAAAUGGAGUUGGACGCUGAGAAGAAGCUGCAGACCCGCAUGCACAACGAAGCUCGCCGUUAUUCCCUCGAGCGCCAAUCGUCCAUGGACCAGCUCAAGGCGACCCUGACGGAAGCGGAGAAGUUGCAAGCAUCGCUGGCGGAAACGACAGCCGCAAAUGCCGAGUUGCAGGAUUCCAUCGUCCGUCUCGAAGCCGAACGUGCGACAAGCCAGGGACUAUUGAAGACUCUCGCGUCAGAUGUGCAAGCUCAAAAGACCGAAUUGGACCGCUUUGAGAAGGCCCAGGCCGAGUGGGAAGUAGAGAAGCAACACUUGGAGUCGCAAGCGGCGUCGCACGACGCCACCAAGGCUAAGUUGAAGGCAAUGGAAGCCCACAACACCGAACUGCAGGCGUUGAUUUCGACAACGGGGACUGAAACGAAGGCAUUGGAAGCCAAGUUGGCCAAGUUGCAUGCUGCUCAAGACGCUCUGACCGCGGAAAAGGAGUCGCUGCUGCACCACGUGACCAAGACGGAAGCCGAUUUGGAAGCUCUCGCCCGCAUUCAAAAGGAGAACGAUGAGCUCCAGCGAGCUAUUAACGACAUGAGCAAAGCCUCAGAGAGCACCCAUGAAAAAAUGGACGGCCUCAAGCGCGCGUUGAAGACUUUGGAAUCGGAAAAGGCGGGUCUGUUGCAUCACGCGACCACGAACGACGUACAUGAAGCCACGAUUGCGCAGCUGAUGCUGGAAAACACCCAACUCCGAUCCACCGUCACCGACAAAGUGGCGGCAGCGGAAGCAGCGGUCAAGCGCAUGACGGUGGCAGAGUCCAAGUUGCAGGACACUCAGUACAUGAUGACGACAGAGAUGCUCAAGGUGGCAUCGCUGGAGAAGCAUGUCGUCAAGUUACAGACUGACCUGUCUACCGUCACGACGCAGCACACCGCCGACUUGCGUGCGAAAGAAGCCGAGGCCAAGAAGGCUGUCGCAGACUUCCAAGCGGCCGAAGCAGCCCUGUCACAACUUCAACGAUCGACGGAAAAGGCGUCGAAUAACAUUGCUGCCAAGGACGAAGCGCUCAAGGCCGCCAAGGCGUCGGCGGCUGCGUUGCGGACCCAAGUCGUUGAAGCCAAGAACGAAUUGGUGAACGUACAAGGCGCGUUGAAGCAAGCCCAAGCCGACUUGAAGGCCGCGACGAAGGGCGACAAAGACGAAGCUGCGCGCCUGCGCAAGGAAAAUGGCAAACUAGCGGACGUGAUUGCCCAGCUCCGCAAGAGUGCCAAGGACACACAGGACUCCCAAGCUGUCGUCAAGUCGCUAGAAACCCAACGCCUCCUUCUCAUCGGCGUCCUUGUCGCUCUAGUUGGCGUGCUGGCGGCGGCUACCUUCUCGAAGAGUUCUGCAUAGAGAAACACAAACGUGACGCCGUUUCCGGCCGGGAUGUCUCCAAAGUAGCGUAAAUGGACACUAAUUGCCAACGGCGUCGGACAGAAGACUUUGUCACUUGCGGCGUCGUACACAGACCUUGUGACUCAGUCCUGCAUCCGCUGCGUGUCACGGGAUUCUGUCACGACGCAACAUUGUCGUUGUACAACUCGAUCACCCUUGAUCAAUGGAAACG